UCAUAAGGUUGCAUAAUCCGUGUAAAAACUUUAAAAGUCAAUAAUGGGACAAUGUUAUGAAAAACAAUCAUUGCUAGGAGGUUAUAGUGAGGAAAAACGAAGCGAUGCAGACGUACAGAAAUUGGUUGAUAACAAUCCACAGAUGAUAUUAGCAGUAAAGGGAGCCUUGAAUAUUAUUCAAACUCUUCAAAUCACAUCACUUACAUACAGAACGCAAGUUGUAGCAGGAACAAAUUACAUUGUGAAGGUAAAAACUCAAGAUAACGAUUAUAUGCUGCUUAGAAUAUUUCAACCGCUACCUGAACAAGGAAAGGCAGAGCUAGUGAAAGUUGAAUUCACUCAACCCAUUCCAUCGGACUUUUGAGGAAAAACAUAUAGAAAGAUAUAAUUCUUGGAAUGUCAUUGCCUCCUUUUAUCUUAUCUUUUAUGUACGUCAUAUUUAAACAUUUUUAUACUAUUAGAACUUUCCAAUUGUCUUUUUUUAUGGUUUGAAUUUAGGAAAAGGAAAUCGAUGUAUUCAAAACUAAGGUACGAUCAUUAUAUUAUACCCCGCUUCCAUGAAAAUAUAAAUAGAAGUUAAUUUCUUUGGGUCUGUCCAAAAUAUGUUUAUGUCGUAGCUUUUUUAUGUAUGACAUUAAGCUUCUUCUGGUUUGCCAAUCAUGUUAUGAGUCUUCAGCUAUUAUGGUGUUCAAUUAUCCGAUUACUAAAUAAAUACUCACAUCUUUAAAAUUUCCUGCAUUUUUUAAUUGAAAGGAAACAUAGAGUGGGCUAAAUCUCACAGAACAAAUACUUGCACUAACAGUAACGAGUAAGGAGUACAGUUUUUAAAAGAUACUAAUAUCUCUGAAAAUAGUUUACGCUAUCAAUUUUGAAAUGGUUGAGCAAUUUGUAAAAAAACAAAUUUAGACACAAGAACAAAAAAUUUCUCAGUAAAAUAUAAUAGACAGAUCACAGAGAACGCAGGCGUCGACAAAAGAGAUCUUUUAAUAUACUUUUUGAUGACAUUUUGCAUAUCGGUCUGAACUAUUUAGCUUGUCGAAGCAAGCGCUUCUUGUUUCCCAUGUCUUAUUUCGGUUGUUAUCAGAAUGAUUUUGUCAA